AUGUAUAGGCUGUUACAGAUCUUUGGCAAAGGCACACGGCACAACUCACGCUCGCAAUCAUGCCCCAAGAACGCAACAGAAAAGGAAACCCGCCUGAUGUCGUCGAUCGUCGUCUCAAGAAGAAGGAGUGGAAGAGAUAAAAGAGACGUCAUCAUGAUUUCAACAAAGCACGAUGCCACAAGAAAUGAUGCAGGCAAACCUGAGGUGGUUAUAGACUACAACGCGGGGAAAUCCUUUAUUGACUUGUCGGACCAGAUGGCCAGUUACUGCCCCUUCCAGAGGAAGACUUACAAGUGGUACCUGAGAAUUUUCUUCCAUCUUGUUUGCCAAUGUGCUGUCACGAAUGCCUGGACUCUUAUGAAACAGCACAGGAGAUGUAGUUUACCCAUCACAGAGUUCAAGAAGGACAUCGUAAGGGAGCUAUUAUCGAAGAAUCCCCUCAAAAGAAAGAAACAUUAUCUGUGCAAACCCGAUGGUUCAGGAAGAAAACCUUCUAGACGAUGUAUAGGCUGUUACAGAUCUUUGGCAAAGGCACACGGCACAACUCACGCUCGCAAUCAUGCCCCAAGA